CUCAUGCACCUUGCAAAUACACCAUUUUCACCCACUCAAAACACCACCAAACAACACACACUACCUCUGUGUUUGGUGUCUGCAGGAUAAAACCCUAUUUAGGUUUUCGUAAUCUUUUCUUUUGCUGUUUGGUAGACUCAAAUUUGCAACAAACGAAAAGGGUUUUCAUAAUCUUGGCCAUCAGAUUGUUUUCUUUUUGAGGGUUUUGCUUUUUGGUGUAGUCGAUUUUGCAAAAGGGUUUUGUUUCUUGAUGUUCUUGGUUUGUAUCACAGUUUUGAAUUCAGGGUUUGUUGAAUCGUUGGUGUAAUUUGUGGGUUUUUCAAGAUUUUCAAUUCCCAAAUGCUCUGCAAAAUUUCUCCAAAUUUCAUGGAGUAGAGGUUAAACUUUUGAUCUUGUAAACACUUUGUUGUUUUGAAAAGCUUAAAGAACUGUUGUUAUGAUGUUGCACACAAAAUCAGAGUCUGAUAUCACAAGUUUAGCUCCAUCAUCGCCGUCAAGAUCACCAAAACGACCGGUGUACUUUGUGCAGAGCCCAUCAAGGGAUUCACAGGAUGGUGAUAAGUCAUCAUCAAUUCAAGCUACACCUAAUUUCAGGAGUCCAAUGGAGUCACCUUCACACCCUUCUGUGGGUCGUCACUCAAGAAACUCAUCAUCCAGUCGGUUUUCUGGGAUUUUCCGGUCACAUUCCGGUAGGAAAGUUGGCCGGAAAAGGAAUGAUAAAGGAUGGCCGGAGUGUAAUGUGAUUGUGGAAGAAGGGAAGUAUGAUGAAUAUGAUGAUGAAAAGAGGUUUACUAGAAGAUUACAGGCUUUAAUGGCUCUACUCACUUUCAUUGUCUUGUUCACUGUUUUAUGCUUGAUUAUAUGGGGUGCUGCUCGACCUUUUAAAGCCGAUAUCGCUGUUAAGAGUUUGGCUGUGAAUAGCCUGUAUGUUGGGGAGGGUUCAGACUCAUCUGGGGUCAUAACCAAGAUGCUGACCAUCAAUGGUUCAUUGCGGCUCGGUAUUCACAACCCGGCUACGUUCUUUGGCAUCCAUGUUAGCUCUAGCCCGGUGAAUCUAGUCUAUUCGGAGGUCGUAAUUGCAACUGGUCAGUUGAAGAAGUAUUAUCAGCAAAGAAAGAGUCGUAGAACGGCCACCGUGAGCUUGGAGGCAACUAAAGUACCCUUAUAUGGUGCGGGUUCAAGUCUAGUGGUCUCUGAUGCCGGAGUUUUUGAAAUCCCGUUAAGGUUAGAGUUUGAGAUCCGAUCAAAAGGGGAAGUUGUCGGUAAACUAGUGACGACGAAGCACCGAAGGCAGAUUUCGUGCACUUUGAUCUUGAAAUCAAAUACAAUCAAACCAACCAAGUUCAAAAAGAGUUCUUGCACCUAUAAAUAAAUGAUCCUCUCAAGAACCAAAUCCUUUUGAAAGAUAUAUUUGUAAAAAUGGUGUGAGUUUUGAUCAAAUAUGUGUUGUAUUCUUUCCCCCAUAAAAUGGAUCAAAAGAUGUGGUUGAAUUCUUAUAGUCAACACUUGCCAUUUUUAGUAAGUUUAAACAUGUGUAAAUGUUGGUUGGUGUGGUAAUAAAAUAUCCUUCUCUA